AUGGAUGCAGAUGCCCCUGCAGCAGCACAGAUUUCGCAGGCGGACAUCAUUGAGCGUCAGGCCGAGUCCAUUGCACGGCUUAAACGACAGGUACAGAAAGGUGUCGAGUACAAACAGCUGACCAAGUCGAAGCUCAAGGAGGCGGCGGCCCGAUUGAAAGAAUAUCGCGUGCGUGUUGAAACGCUGUUUGAGGAUGUUGAAACGCUGCAAAAACAGCUGAAAGUCGAAAAAUGUCGUCAUGAAAAAACCAAAAAACGGUAUAAAAACGGGUUGAAUCAGGAUGUUAAAACGUUAAAACAAAAAGUCAAUGCCUCGACGCAGACACAAGAGUCAAAUAAAGUGACGCGCACGUGUCAGACAUUGUUAAGUGGACAAGUAGAACAAGUUAACAAGAGGACAAUGAGGGACCAUGGAGUGCAGACAAUGGACAUUUUAACAUGCAGAAAAAGUGGAAGGGAACAAAACAUGUCCCUUUUCUAUCAUCAAAUGGACCAAUGUGUACCGAAAUGCUCAAGACGUCCACAAAAAGACCCUAUUGAGGACACUUUUACUCCUGAACCACUGCAAGUGCUGGGGUCAGUCGAACAAACGACAUUCUUACAGGAAACAAGUGCAGCAUUGGAUGCCGAAUUGGCAUUUAGUGACUCGGAAGAUGAAAGUCACGAGACAAGAGACAAUACUGUAAUCGUCAAUAGUGGACUGAAGGACGCUGGGUUGAAUCUGACAGUAUUGGAUGAAAUUGACAAGGAGCUGGAAAUGAGCAGCAAUGAAGAAGAACAGGACAACGGAGUGGCUUUGGUGACCAAAAAUGGAUACUUGAUGUUAAACGGCAGUGAUCAAGUAGUGCUAAAUAACGUUCAACAAAAGCUGGGCACUAGGAGCGAGAAGAAUGAAGGUCGAAAUAAAACAAGUGAUGCUCAGGGAACGGAUGAUACUGAUAGUGGGCGGAUAGGUGGAAGAAAUGAAUUUGCUGCUGGAGAAAAAAAUGCUGUGUCGGCGGGGUUUGAUUUUGCAAUCUCGAACGCUAUUGACAAGGACUUGGAAUCAAGCAGUGGCGAAGAAGAUGGCGUCGUCAAUGUAGGAGAUGUUAUCAAUACGAAAAAGUCCGAGCAAACAGUUGCGGCGAGAGUUGAUGUUUGCCAGAGCAAAUGGACUCUGAUGUCUAUUGACGACGAACUAGAUGAUGAGUUUGCAGCACUGGAGGCAGACUCAGACGCAGAGAACCACGGAAAGGCUGAAGGCUCUAGCAAGAGUGGGUUGAGCAGUGAACAUGACUUGAGCGACAGCAGUGACAGCGAGUCUGAUGACGACGGAGAUGAUCCUAUGACUGGUAAAGUGGAUAGCGUUGCUGAGAACGAAUCUCUUGGACCAGUUAAGCAAAAGAACGAAGCGGAAACAACAACACUGCAAGCCAAAACAAACAGCGAGGUAGGAGUAUCGUCUCUUUCGCCUCUUGAUAAAGAUGCAGUUGUUGUAACAACACCAGUCGAAAAGAAAUUCGUCGGUGCAUCGACAGACGUGUACUCUCCGAUGGUUGAUGCGAAAUUGACGAUACAAAGCGAGCGUAUGCAGUUAGACACUCCUGCGGAAGUAAUGAUUUCUACAGAGGAGAAGAAGCCGUCUACCGUUGCUGUGAAUUCUCAGCCAACUCUGUUCCAGAAAAAUGCUUUAAGCUGCAUUCAGCCGAGUGGUGAUUUCAUCGCUGAUGCAGGUGCCACUGCGACCCCUGACACUCAAACCUCAUCGGACAAUACAAAAUUAGCAAAGGUACCAGUACGGAAGCAAUCAGCCUCCGUGACAUCCUCCAGCAGCACGAAUAAACCUUCUGAAUUGGAGCUAUAUCCCGCUAAAAGAUUGAAACAGCCUUCCGAUCACACCUCGCAUGAAUUUCCGGGUACGCCGACAGAAUCUGGUAAGCAGAACGCUAAAGCUAAUCGUGCGGAUAAACACGCUUCCAGCAUCAUCCCUGCGACUGAAGUUAGUACUAUUGGAAACGUUCGGAAAGCAGAUAAAGCAAACCUGGAGGACUCUCAGGCCACGUUACACAAGAAAAUCAAACUGAACGAUGUGUGUAGAAAAGCUGAAGACGGGACGAGAGUGGCAAUACCACAGACUAAGUCAUCUACGUCCGCCAGGAAGAAGAAAAGUGCAGCUGAGGCCAAGGAACAGCUGCGAUUGAAAAAGUCUUUGUCAACAUUCAAGCAAGCCCUUGUACUGGGCAAGGGCGAAGAGCCGGACAAGGAGUAUACUCGCCGAACGAUUAGUGUACUUGUGACCCAGUGCAGUAACUUCGUUGAUACGUAUCUUGAUCACGUGAUAACCUUGUGUAGAGCUCUGGCUGAUGCGUAUCGUGAGCAAGGGAUCUCUCCGAUGCUAGUGGUGCGUGGAUCACUCAGUCUUUUUCGAACUCCACGGUCUCGUCGUUUGAUGCCGGAAAGAAAAAGUUUGAGUUGGCUUUGUAAUCAAGUGCUGACACGAGUAUUGUGCAGUGGCAAUGAAGAGCUGGAGCAAGACGGAUGUGUUGCUUCGAAGUCUUUCUGUUUGUCGACGGUUGACGAGUGCUUGUUACAUCUUCGAGGUUUGUUGGUCGAGGAGCGGACAAAUAUUGGGGAGUUUUUGUCCCAGACCAGGGUGCAUGUGCAAGUUACAACGCGUCAGAUCAACAUCAGCCACGACAAAGUGUUUUUGGCCCACGUCUGUGCCCUCCACACGCACCUUUGCCGCUUUACUGGACAACUUGUUCGUUCGCGCGUGCUACUCUUUGAUUUAGUGCGAGAUAACCCAAACAUCAGAGGGCUGUACUUCGCAAUGGUAAUGUUAAAGAUCUAUCCAGCCAUACUGGAGCGUGAGUUCGACCAACACUGCAUCGAGCGACAAAUGGUUCUAAAAGAGACGUUGCAGCAAGCUUUGGUAGUCAUCUCGGGCGUAUCUGCCGCAAAACAAGAGCUCCUAUUGCUCCAGCCAAGUAUCGCGAUGCUUCAUACCAUUGCUAAUGCACUUCAGAUGCCUGAGCUAGAGGAUUUUGAUGGUAGCGAAUCUAGCUACCAAUGCGCAUGUGUGGAGAAAAUUUUCAGCGAACUUGUUGUUCUUUGCCAAUCGUCGAAAUCUGAACAAGAAGAAGAUGAAGGCCGAAGUCCUGUAUCAGCUGAUUACUUUGUGCUCGCCAAGAGUAUGGAGAUAUGCUCGGCAGUGUACGGUAUCGACCUCGUCGUGAAAAUCUUCAAUAUUGACCGGUGCCAAGAACUUUACAGCAAAGCAAACAUCGAGGGCAAAAUCGGCAUCAUGCAUCUCGUCGGGCAUAUUGCGAUGGGUAUUGCUUCGAAAAAGAGUGACAUGCAUGACUCAAGGACUAGAAGCGGGGAGUACAUCGAGAGCGUCACUGACUGGAUGUGCCAAAUUCUGUCAUCUGACGAAAAAUCUUCACCAGAGGAUCGUUUCAGACUGACGUUCGGGUGUUCGACAAUAUGUGUCGAGUUGAUUUUGGAGUACUCAACAAUUGCCGGGCUCAAAUGUCAACGACAAGUGUUGUGUGCCGUUAUUCGCUGGUUCGACGCAAUACCAUCAGAUCAGCUGAUCGAUUUACCAGCUACAUUUUUGAGGCGACUUCGCCUAGCUGUGGUUGCUGCACGACCGCAAGUGUUACAAAGAUAA